UUUUCUUAAGCAUUUAAUUUAGUUAGCAUAAAAUAAUUUUCUGUAAUACCAUUAGAAAUUAUUUGGACUUAACUUCUCAAUUUAUUUAAAUUGCCUUCAGGUAGAAUGGCCUGGAUCCACAACAUACUAGUUUAUGGUUUCUACAACAGGGUGAAGCGUGAAGCUAUGAAAAAUAGUACAGGCUGCAUGAUGUUUGGAUUGUUUGGAAGCGUACGUUUUCGGCGCGGCGCGAACUUUUCCGAACAUGGAUUGAGCAUUGUGCUCGUGCUGUCGUGCUGCCACGUCGGACGUGUUUGCUAAGCCACUGUCGCGCAGAGCGUGCUGUUUACGACUCGCACUACGAAAUUUUUUCGUUGCCAUGGUUGAGGCUGCAAAUGCGGUCAGCAACCCCAACGACAGCAGCAGCAGCAGCAGCCAAGAGGCCAAUGCACUGGCCUCCGAAGCCCAGACUGCCCCCACGGAUUCUGCCCCAAAACCGCUCGUCGAACGCCCGCGCAACUCGCCUGUUGUGGUACCACAUGAAGUGCCAAGGAGUAGAUCGGAGAGUCGGCGGAGCAACAAGCCGUAUAUGGAGAAGAAACGAAGGCAGCGCAUCAACCAUGCGCUCACACUAAUCAAGGAUGACCUCCUCCAGGAGACUGCUGCCAAGAGAGAUCCGAGGCACGCGAAGCUGGAGAAGGCGGACAUUCUGGAGAUGGCAGUCCGGGCUUUGAAGGAAGCCCGAAUGAAAAAAAUGAACAUGGAACAUGAAUUGGGUGACAAGUUCCUCGCCGGCUACGAACUCUGCGUCCGAGAUGUAAGCCGCUUCUUUGACCGCAUCGGGGUUGAUCCUACAAUUCGCAACUCCUUGUUGGCACAUCUCAAACGUGAGCAAAAGAGCAGCAGCAUUCCACCCCGUCCCAUGACGACGCCGUCUCCACUGGCCGCCCGACCCAUGACGACGCCGUCUCCACUGGUCGCCCGACCCAUGACGACGCCGUCUCCACUGGCCGCGGCCGCUGCGACUCCGCGGAGAAGUUAUUAUUACGAGCCUCCGCGGCCAAUGGCCAUCCAGUCUCCCAACGCCCGCAUUCAGGCCGACCCUGCUUCGCUGAAUGGCCUGCGAUUGAUGCCGACCUUGCUGGCCAGCGGCGAGUUCGCCCUGCUCAUGCCCGCCAGCCAGGCGCGCUUGUUCAACAACACAAUGGCGGUGCCAUGCUCACCGUCCCCGACAUGCACAGUCUCGUCGCCCUUCUCUGCGCCAUCCACGUCACCACCACUGUACUACAACGGUCUACUGCAGCACGCGAUGACACCGCCCGGUCUACCGCCCAUCAACUUGAACCUGAGCAUGCAAGCCAGAUCAAUCGGCCACUUCAUCAGUCCAUCGCAAGAGGAACCAUUGCCUCUGGUCAAGAGGGCCUGGCAACCCUGGUGUUAGAUUCUCAUUUUCCUUAUAGUUUUAACGUCCCAAGCUCUCACAAUCAGAUGGAACGAACACAAAAUGCGUUAAUCUUUUGCAAUGGGUUUUUGAUUAGGUCUCUCAUCUACAUUCUUAUUAAAAAAUUAAUUUAGCACAGCAAUUUGUCACUUAUUCCUAUUUCAUAAAGAGUGCCUCUUUUUGCAACCGACUGAUUAUGAGUUUUGUGCCUUCUGCUUCGCGAAUAUAAAUGUAAAAACAUUUUUAAUUUUUGCAUCACAAUGUUUACAGUUUACGUUACUAGCCUGAAAGUCCAGGCCUCAACAUCAUUUAAUGACUUUACUUGCGAGUGCCUUAAUAAACGACAAAAUCACAGCAUCUUCCAAUAACAACUCCAGGUCACUUGUGAGAUUUGUUCAGCUGAUACGACUUUUCUUUCAUGAAUAUGGCAAACUGUAUCAAACUAUGUGCUAUAAGUAACUAUGACGAAGAGCACAUUAACUCUAUCCUACAAAUAUGUAAACAAGAGGAUUAAAUAUAAAUCAAAAGUGAAGUGUCAUGCA